AUACUAGGUCGCAAGUUUCAACCGUCAGCGACUCCCAUCAUCCCCUGCUAGCCACGUGUCCCAGCAACAGUUCCCAAAACCAACUCCCAGCAAAAAUUCCGAUUCCGAUUCCGAAUCCCGAAACCCCCCCAUCCACAAUGAAUCAAUAAUAGAAUCUGGUCAAUAAUCCGCUCUGAAAUCUGAAUUACUCAGCACAAAACCCGAAAUUCCCGAAAUAUCCCUUGCUCUAUUGAUCGGAGCUGCAAUGUUAGUGUUUGAUCGCGUUGUGUGUUUUCUUGCGAUAUGGAUAAUAGGGUUAGGGAUUGGUGGUUUGGGUUUGGGGAAUGCGCUGAAGAUGCCGUUUAGAGUGAACGACGUGCUUCCCGUUCUGCCACGUGGCAUAUCGUGGCCAGUUCUAAACACGUUCCACAGCGCCGUCGAUUUGUUGCCGUAUUUUGUGGGCUCCGUGACUCCCUCCAAUGGCAGCAUUCAGUGGAAAGGUGCUUGCUUCUAUGAUAACACCGCCAAGCUUCAGGUCACCGCUUCUGACUUCGAUCAACCUGGUUUGGGUGGUGGCGUUCUCCAUCUCAAGACAGAUGCCGCACAUAGCUGGACCUGCAUGGAUCUUUAUGUUUUUGCAACUCCCUACAGGAUUACAUGGGACUACUACUUCUCUUCAAGAGAGCACACCUUGAAGUUUGAUUCAUGGGAAGAGCCUGCCGAAUUGGAAUAUGUAAAGCAGCAUGGGGUUUCUGUGUUUCUCAUGCCAUCAGGGAUGCUGGGAACCCUGCUUUCUCUAAUCGAUGUUGUGCCGCUCUUCUCAAACUCUGUGUGGGGUCAGAAGGCCAACUUAGAUUUCCUGAAGAAACACAUGGGAGCUACAUUUGAGGAACGUAGUCAGCCUUGGCGUGCAACUAUUGAUCCUACAGAUGUUCAUUCAGGAGACUUCUUAGCCGUGUCAAAAAUUCGUGGUAGGUGGGGAGGUUUUGAGACUCUGGAAAAAUGGGUAACUGGUUCGUUUGCUGGUCAUACGGCAGUUUGCUUGAAGGAUGAAAUGGGCAAAUUGUGGGUUGGUGAAUCAGGGCACGAGAAUGAGAAGGGUGAAGAAAUAAUAGUGGUAAUUCCAUGGGAUGAAUGGUGGGAAUUGGCUCUCAAAGAUAAUUCCAAUCCACAGAUUGCCCUGCUCCCCUUGCAUCCAGAAAUGCGUGCAAAAUUUAACUCCACUGCUGCAUGGGAGUAUGCUCGGAGCAUGUCUGGCCAGCCAUACGGCUAUCAUAAUAUGAUAUUUAGUUGGAUCGACACUGUAGCUGAAAACUAUCCUCCUCCUCUUGAUGCUCACUUGGUAAUUUCUGUCAUGUCUAUGUGGACUAGAUUGCAACCAGCUUAUUCUGCAAAUAUGUGGAAUGAAGCAUUGAAUAAGCGGUUAGGAACUGAGGGUUUGGAUUUGCAUGAUAUUAUAGUAGAGACCGAGAAGCGGGGGAUACCUUUUGAUCAAUUACUGACCACACCAGAGCAAGAUGAAUGGGUAUAUAGUGAUGGAAAAUCAACAACAUGUGUUGCCUUCAUUCUUUCAAUGUAUAAAGCAGCUGGAAUUUUCGGUCCUGUCUCUAGCUCCAUUCAAGUAACCGAGUUCACUAUUCGGGAUGCAUACAUGCUCAAAAUUUUUUAGGACAACCAAACACGCCUGCCGAGUUGGUGCAACAAUGAGAACGACCGGCUUCCGUUCUGCCAGAUUCUCGGGGAAUACAGGAUGGAGCUGCCGGGCUACAACACCUUAGAGCCAUAUGCCAACAUGAAUGAGAACUGUCCUUCUCUUCCUCCAACUUAUGAUAGGCCUUCUCGAUGUUAGAUCUUUCUCUAUCAGUUAUCAAUCUUCAUAUUGAGUUGCCUGUUUGCUUUCAAGUCAUGGCAUCUGAUACUUCCCCAUUCUACAAUUGUCUAUAUUAAUCCACGGAACGGGGAAUAAAAUUUAUAAAGUUUUGACUUUAUUGCAUUCAGAAUCUGAACUCAGGAUCAUGAUCGUGAUUAUGAGAUUAAAGAAUAUGUUAUCUUUUAAUAAUCUCAUUUUGAUUAUUAUUACAUGUUAGUUAUGUUGAAACCAUAACAUAAAUAAAAUUGUAGAUUAAUAGGUACAUU